AAGCCACCUUACUCCUAUGCCACUUUGAUCAAAUACGCCAUUGAAAAUUGUUCAGAACGCCGCCUCACACUCAGCCAGAUCUACCAAUGGGUCAUUGAUCAUUAUCCUUAUUACAGCACUGCCGGAACUGGAUGGAAGAAUUCGAUUCGUCACAAUUUGUCUUUGAACAAAUGCUUUCUACGUGUACCGCGUCCUACAAAUGAACCCGGAAAGGGCUCUUAUUGGACCAUC